AGGAGCACGACCGGGCGUUGGCACUGUGGGCUUUGGAUUGGCCUGGAAGAGGACUAGCAGCACUAAAGCAGACACAGAGUGGUCAACCCCACCCAACCUCAGCAAACAGCAUGGCCACGGCGAGCACCUCAGGGCAGAGCACCUUCGGGCUGGGCAGGAAAAAGAAGAGCCCUGGUCUCAUGGAUCAGAUUAGCAAGUUCUUUGGAGGGGACAAAAAGAAAAGGAGCAAGGGGUCGUUCCGGGGUCACCUGUCCACCUCGCCCCAGCAGUCCUCCUCCCGUCGUCGGGCCAAUGAAAACGCUGUUGUGCAUUUCUUCAGGAGCAUUGUAUCCUCUCCUCCUCCCAAAUCCAGGUGGAGGGAAGUCUUGGGCUUGGCCUCGUCGCCGCGUGUUGAGAGCACGAAGUCGCCCCUCAGACGACGCAGAGACCAAAGCACACUGUCCAGACUCUUCAACCUGGGAGACCCCAAGUCCCGUCCUCCCCCUAAACGCUGGAGCACCAUCUUCUAAGCUCUCCGCCGAGGACCAGACCACAGAUCCAACACAGAUGGGACAGGACGAAGGAGAGCAAACAGAUCUGCAUGUGGCGGACUCACAACCUCAAGAAAUGUUAACCCACUAACACGAGUCUCUUAUAUAUUGAGGUAGUGACACGAUAUUGGUGCGGUAAUAUUUAGUCUUUUGGGAUGUAGGUGGUCACUGAGGGGUCAGUGGUGGUGUGUGUGUGUGUGGGGGGGGCUGCACACAUACAUCCCAAAUGAGCAAAGCCAGUCCAGUCAGGAAACUCUCCAGGUACCAUCAGCUGAUUGGCUCCCGACUGGCGUGCUUUUUAUAGUUAACCAAUCAUCAUCUCACUUCCCUAAAUUCAAAAUCGUUGGCUCACCUGGUGGCAGUCUCGCUGCCCUGCCGCUGCUUCUUUUACCCCCCACCCCCCUCUUUUCCCUGCUCCACCUGCUUAGAUCUGUCUUAUGUUCCAGGGGUUAUUGCCUUUAUCCCCUGCAAAAUAUGUAUAUGCAGCAGCGAUUUAUGAAAUUAAAUGUGUGCCGCAGUCAAACCCAUUGUUAUGCCUCAUCAUCUAAUAAAUACAUCUCCUGUACGCGAGCUGUUCCACACUGAAAUAUACUUGUUGUAGUUGUCUUUUUUUUUUUUUUUUUUUUUUUAAUCCUAAUUCCAAGGAUACUUUCUCUAGAUCUCUGUUGUUAUUAUUAGCUAUUUAAGGUGUUGAGAGGUUUGGUCGUGCUAUUGCAAAACACUCUACUGUAAAAUCUUCUCACCUCGCCCAUUUUUCCACUAUCUUGGUCUGAUGGUGCUACUGUCUGCUGUCCGGUGUCCGAGGUUUGCUCAUGGGUUCGUGGCAGGUGUUUUGUUUCACUCUGUUUGUCUCCCACUGUCUGCAUUUUGUACACGAGUGACGCUUGAUUUGCCUCGUCAGCUUUCGGGAAAAAAAAAAACGCCACUCACAAGUUUGCCUCUUUGUUUUUUUUGUUUUGUGCAUCUGUGUGAAAUCUAGACUGGGAGCAUUUGUGGUUGUCGUUGCUGUUGUGCAUGAGUGUAAAGUACGUUGCCAAGAAAUGCAUUUGAAAAUAUGACUUGGAAACCUUAUACGUAAGUAGUACGGACUCUAAUAUUGUUUAACGGUUUUUGUUCAGUUAUGCCUCAGUGUAAUUAAUGCAUGUAUAGUAUUAUACUAUUCAGAUCUGUCAAAUGGAUAAAAAAAAAAAGCCCUUUCUUAGUGCACUGUUGUAUAA